AUGUCUGAAGAGGAAGUGAAGCUGCUCGUGCACAAGCGCGGUGCCUGUGCCGAGAACCAGAGAGACGCGCAAGAAAGGAAAUAUGAAGAGUUUGAAGUGCUUUACAACGCAACUUGCCUCGUGAUUGAAUCGUUGAAAGAUGCGUUAUCUACCAGCCAAAUUAUUAGUGUUGCUCAACCGGAAGCAGCACAACAAAGCCAAGUGAUUGUGCAGCAGCAGUCAUUAAGGGCACCACUACCGACGUUCGAUGGAAAAUAUGAACAUUGGCCGCGCUUCAAAGCCAUGUUCCAGGAUUUGAUGAGUCGGUCAUCGGAUUGUGACGCAAUCAAACUUUACCAUUUGGAAAAGUCUUUGGUAGGUGAUGCUGCAGGUAUUAUAGACUCUCAAACCAUCCAAGACAACAACUACGCUCAGGCGUGGACAAUCUUAGAACAACGAUUCGAGAAUAAACGCCUCAUAGUGGACUUGCAUAUCCGCGGUCUACUCAACCUCAAACGUAAGACGAAGAAAUCAUCAAAAGAGCUCCGUCUACUACUCGACGAGUGCUGUCGUCACGUCGAGAACCUCAAAUUUCUUGGGCAGGAGCUUUUAGGAGUAUCCGAGUUGUUUGUGGUGAAUGUUCUUACUGCCGCUUUGGAUAAGGAGACACGAGAGCAUUGGGAAUCUACAUUAGACCAUGGCGUGCUUUCUAUGUAUUCAGUAACACUGAAGCCUUCGCCAAACUUUCAGAAGCCGUACGGUCAGAAGUUGACCAACUCCGUUACAUCACCAUCAUCUGCCACGUGUGAGCUGUGCAGUGGCCAGCAUCCAAACUUCAAGUGUUCUGUUUUUCGUAGUAUGACAGUUUCUCAGCGUAUAGCGAAAGUGAAAGAAUGCCGACUUUGUUUUAAUUGCCUUCGGAAGGGACAUCGAAGCAAUAUGUGUGCAUCAGAGAAGACGUGCACAAAGUGUUCUCAAAAGCAUCACUCGUUGCUGCACCAAGAGUACCCAGAUGUUGCAACAAUAAUUCCCGAGAAGCAAGAAGUUGAAGCCACAUCACAAGCCGUCGUCAAUGCAACUAAAACACCAGCGGAGAUUUCCAGUGAGGAAUCGGUAUCAAACGCAUUGGUUAGUCACGUUUCUACGCAGAAGCCUCGUUUUCCAUUAAAGGAAGUGUUAUUGCUGACGGCUGUCGUCAGUCUGAUCGAUGAUAGCGGACGUCACCACUCUUGCCGUGCACUGUUGGAUUGUGCAUCACAGGUGUGCCUUAUUUCAAGCGAUAUGGUUCGCAAACUGAGAAAGCAGCCGUGGUCAACAAAUACCGAGGACGUUGGUAUUACUUGUAAAAAGAAGGUCAGACAAGGUAUUAUAGUAACAGUAGCUUCCAACCACAGUGAGUACAAGGUGGAUAUUCCGUGCCUGGUCAUGCCGCAGGUGAGCGGAAUCAUUCCUACAAGAAAAAUUAAAAUGUCUAAGUGGCAUCUCCCAGUCAACAUAUCGUUAGCUGAUCCUGAGUUUCACUCACCUAAGCAAGUAGAUCUUCUCAUCGGUAAUAAGUUUUUCUUUUCCCUCCUGAAAUCCGGACAAAUUAAGAUUUCUGAUGAUAUGCCAUUACUGCAAGAAACCAUCUUUGGGUUGGUUGUUGCUGAGUCAGUUGAUGUACCACAACAAAAUGUGGUCCUUUCAAACGUUGUUACCGAAAACAUAGACAAAAUGAUCCAAAAAUUCUGGGAGGUUGAAGAAGUUCCUGAUGCUCCAUCAACCACGACCGAGGAACAGUUAAUCGAGGACCAUUUCAUGAACACUCAUCGCAGAGACGACACAGGACGUUUUGUUGUUCGACUACCAUUUCAUGAGUCAGUCACUAAACUUGGUGACAACCGGGCGUUGGCCCUUAAGAGAUUUUUGCUACUUGAACAACGUCUACAACGCCGUCCAGAGUUGAAACAACAAUAUGAAGCAUUCAUUGACGAGUACGAGGCACUCGGUCACUGUUGUGAAGUUAACGAAGCGGCAGAUCUUGCUGACGUCAAGCGGUACUAUCUACCACACCACGCUGUCUUUAAAUUAACCAGUUCCAGUACCAAGGUCCGUGUAUUAUUCGAUGCCACCGCGCGAUCCUUUGGCUUAUCGUUGAAUGAUGUACUUCAAGUCGGUCCAACUAUCCAAAAUGAUCUCCUCACCAUUUUAUUAUUAUUCCGCUGGCCCCAGUUUGCCUUUACAGCCGACAUUACGAAAAUGUACCGCCAAGUGUGGGUUGAUGAUUGCGAUACGAGUUUUCAACGUAUUUUCUGGAGGAAAACUCCAACGGUACCAAUCCGUGUUCUGGAACUCAAGACCGUUACUUACGGUACCGCGUCAGCCCCUUUCCUUGCUAUCAGAUCACUCCUUCAGCUAGCCAAAGACGAACAAGCUGACUUUCCUGAAGCUGCUGUUGUUGUUUGCGACCAUUUUUACAUCGAUAAUGUGCUUACCGGAGCAGAUACUGAAACCGAUGCUAUCCGAUUGAGAGAUGACAGCCGAAGACCCUUUGCGUCCUGUUACCAAGCGGUUUGUCCUGUCGCAGAUAUCGAGGUCGUUUGA